CACCACCACACUCUGCUCUGCAGCAUGCGCUGUGCCAUGCUUUGGUGCCGCGCUGGUGAUCGCGCAGCCAGCCGUGGUUAUGGAGAGGAUGCCUAGCUGUCGUGCUCCGGAGCGGAACCUAGAGAGACACUUUCAGGACGACUUUGGCGCAACCUCCCAGCAAGAUGGGAAAUGCCUCCGAAAUGAAUUUGCUUGUGUCAAGCAUAUCCAAAGAGAACGACUUUCUCAUGGCCACCAUUUACACUAUUUUUGGUGUGCUGUCUCUGAUGGGGAAUGGCAUCCUGCUCUUCGUGGCCUACAGGAAGAAGUCGUCGCUGAAACCUGCAGAGUUCUUCGUGGUCAACCUGGCCAUCAGCGACCUCAGCAUGACCAUCAGCCUCUUCCCCCUGGCCAUCCCGUCAGCGCUCGCUCACAGGUGGCUGUUUAACCCGUCGCUGUGCACUGUCUAUGCUUUCUGCGGGGUGCUGUUCGGCCUGUCCAGUCUGACCAACCUCACUGUGCUCUCCUCCGUCUGCUGGCUCAAAGUCUGCUGCCCCAACUAUGGUAACAAGUUCUCCUACUGGCAUGCCUGCCUGCUGGUGGCGGCGGUGUGGUGCUAUGCCAUGGUGUUUGCCCUGGGCCCCCUGAGCGGCUGGGGCCAGUACGGCGCCGAGCCCUAUGGCACGGCGUGCUGCAUCGACUGGAACGCCCCCAGCCACAGCCGGGCGGCCAUGAGCUACAUCAUCUGCCUCUUCUUCUUCUGCUACAUUGUCCCCUGCACCGUCAUUGCCCUCUCCUACGCCUUCAUCCUGAUGACCGUCCGAGGGUCCCGCCAGGCCGUCCAGCAGCACAUGUCCCCGCAGAACAAGGUCGCCAACACACAGACCCUCAUUGUUAAGCUCUCUGUGGCAGUGUGCCUUGGUUUCCUCAUUGCGUGGAGUCCCUAUGCCAUCGUCUCCAUGUGGGCAGCGUUCGGAGACCCACAGAAUGUGCCGCCGAUGGCGUUUGCCCUGGCAGCCAUGUUCGCCAAGUCCUCCACCCUUUACAAUCCCGUCAUCUAUUUGGUGUUCAAGCCCAACUUCCGCAAGUCCCUGUGCAGGGACGUGGCCCUCUUCAGGGGCACGCUGUGCGCCUGUCUGUUCCAAGCGGACCCCAUCCAGAAGGGUGCCUGUGAACAAUUGCAGCUCAAUGUAGAGCAUGACUCCGCGAGGCCGCCCAAUGGGCUGCAUGACAGCCAGUCCAGCAGACAAUGUCCCGAGAGCGGCUCUGGGGAACACUGCAGUGACACUCCCCAGAAGACCAAGAGAAUGCUGGCGGGGUCGCUGAACAGCGAGCUGACCGUAAGUCAGCUCUCCAACGAGGCGCAGAGCGACUUCCUCUAAAAACAAAAGGGGUAAAACGCCAACACGUCACCACACGACGUGUUGAGUUCACAAACAAGGUGUUAAGCAAUGGAACAAAAACUCUAAUUGGAAGUCAAAACAGAGAAAGGUCAAUGUUUGGAGGUUGUCUCGGUUUUGGCUGUGCUGUUGCAGAGAUAAUGGUAGGAGACUGCACAGUGCCGGGGCCUGAAAGCAAGAAGUGCAAGGGAUGGAGUAACGCAGUGUUCCUUGUUUUGUUCAGGAUAUAUAAACAGAUCAAACUCAGUCGAUCAACUCAUUCACUCAUGGCAAGAAGGGGUGUUCAGAAGAGGAUAUGAACAAAUGUAUUGAUACAGUGGUCAGGCUGCUACACCGGUUUGAUUUCAAACCUUUACAAACCUUUUUUGUCUAUGGAGGUUGGUGUCCGGACAGGACGCAUCAACUUGUCUUCACAUCGAUUCCUGGAAUAAUCCUGUUUAGCAGUGCUAAACAGGAUUAGCACUGCUAAACCCAAGUUUGGGUUUGCUGUUGGCCAAGAAGGUAUACUGACAGGAUCCGAGAUGAAUGGCCGGCCAUAUCAUGUUUGUUUGGGUACCCCCGGGCAGGGGGUUUCCCGAAGAGAGCCAUUCCAUGUAACGUGCGUCUGCAGAUUCCCAGCCUUCAGCGACAUGAUUGAGGAAAAUAUAUUCGGAGCGAAGAAAAUGAAAAGCCCCGUUCACUCAGCUUUAAGCUUGUCUGCCAUCAGUCAUCAGAGGUUACUCUAAACUCUGAUUCGUGAGAUGUUGAAAGAAGAGCUGUUUGAUCUUUUCGGAGAUCAAAUGGAUGUUUAAUGCCUCAAGUAUAUGUUAAAGUCUAAAAAGAGAUGACUUGAAACCAAAUAAGUGUAAAGCUCAAAAAUUGUGCAAUCGGAUUUGUGAACAUAAAUAUUCUAUCAGGGGAGAUGAGCGAUGGCAAAAAGCCAAAGCCAAAACCUGUACGCCUCCUCAAGAGGGAGACCAUUCGUCAUGCGUCACUGGAGAGAGAGAGUGAGAGUGAGAGAGAGGUCUUAUCCAGUGGAUUAGUGGGCAGAAAAUUUACCUCAUUAUUACAGAAACGUGUUCAGGAUCAUCCGUUCUGGAUGAUAAAACCACUGUAACUCUCUCUCCUGGCUUGACUUCACAACAACUCCCAUUACCAAUAUAAUUAGUCCAAAUUAAUUUAUUGUAGUGAUUCUGCAAAAGAGCGUUUUUAACAAUAGCGUGCCUGCAGUACUGCACUUUCGUCUUUAUAAUGAAUGUUUUUCCUGCAACUUGUCUAAUAACAAAUGUAAAUGUCUCAUCACAAAGACCAGGGUGCUGUAUUGCUGUUGUUUACAUCUGUGGUGGACACAUUCAAGCUGAAUCUGAAAUAUCAAAGUCAUUUUGAUAAAUGAUAUUGGUCGCAGGGAUUUAGUAAAGAUAGCAGAGAAAGUUACACAAUUUGAUAACCCAGACUGGGGUUCCAAUUAAGUUCCUCUUACAAGGCCGCAAGUCAUAGUGAGUCAGUAUUUCUGUACCUGUUUACAGUUUCACUCAUUGAUAAAUAUUGGGCUUGAUUCAUUGGUUCUCAAAACAUUAUUCAAAACAAUCUUAGUACUGGUUCAUUGCAACAGAAAUUGAUAAUCAUCAUAACAUUUGAUGAAAAACGACACAGGACUAACUUAACAUUUGCCCGGUUUUUGCCGUACUUCUGUGGAAGUGGUCAUGGAUUUGAAGGAGCAUACCUUACACAGGGUAAUUUUGGACUAAUUGGAGAUACAAAGUGUGUUUACGUGACUGUCAAGAGUGUAUCUCGUCAUUGGUUCUUCAAGAUAAUACCUCCAAUGCAAUCUGGAUGUCCAAACAUCUGGUCCUUUACAGCUCGUGACUGCGGAUCCCCUUUCUGCCCACGCCGGCCGGUAGUGCAGGUAUGUAGGCCUAUCUCUAUAGUGAGCUUGUUCAGCUCCCUGAAGACCCACAGAAUGAUCCAGAUGGAGGAUAAUGAUAAGUAAUGAUAGUGACGAUGUGGAUGAUGAGUGUAUGGCUUUAGUAUAGCCGUCUUCAGACCUUGCCGGCUCAUUUCACUGCAAGCCAUAUAGAUAAUAAGUGGUGACUGAUUUAUCUGAAUGGAGAGAUUUCUAAAUUGGCGUGCAUGGUCAUUCCACCCUUACAAAAACCAUGGUUUCCCUUUAAUGGUUGCUAAAUAAUGCAUUUCUGCAUGAAACAUUGAAAUGAGUGCAUUAUGGUGCCUUCCCUUCCCAUCUUAUUUGUAUCACUGAUGAGUAUUGUCAAAUAGAUCCAGCCAGAGUCGUGUGUUCAUGGAAUGAAGAUAAGCCUGAGGGAGACCAGAGAAGAAUGCACAGCUAUCAAUACUUUUCUUGAAGUAGAGAAAUCAAGUAAUCCAGCAAAUAUAUAUGUUUUGUAGGAACUUAUUACUUUGGAAUUGUCAUAACACUCAGGAGUUGCAGUAGGAAGGGAGAAGGGUGGAAAGGUAUGGUAAUUGUAUAACUCCUGGAGUGAUCACAUGGUACAGAACUACAGGCUCCAAUAUCAUACUUUGUGCUUGCAAAAAACAGAAUAGGGUGCUGAACUCUUAACAAAAACGGUAUUGCCUUGAUUGAAAAAAAUACUUUCAAUCAAUCAAGGAAAUAUUUUCUUCUUAGUAAAUUAUUACAAAUAUUAUACUAUAGUGUAUAGUUAUAAUAAUGAGCAAUAUUAUUUAAAUUGCUUAUAUAUGGUAUAGUUGUCGAUUCUAUGUGGUUACAAAGGUAUCUAUGUGCAUGCUAAACUGUGCGGAAAUUAUAUUGUAGUCUUGUAUCCCGAAUAAUAUGAGGAAUAUAAAAUGUGCCUCAAGCCAUCGAACGUGGAUUACAUUGAGUUUGUGUUUGUGGAUGCAGGAGAGCUUCUCCAUACCUUCUGCGUAUCAAAUCAGGGCAUGAUCUUAGUAAAGUGGAUUUGUUCCACCAGAAACACCAACGAUUUGCCUUAGCUCUGUAUAACCUUGUGAUUUAAAAAUACCUACCAAACAUUCUAUGUAGUGUUUCGUCAAACAGCAGGGAUAUGCACUCCUAUCCCCUUCACACACUUGCACAUGCACACAUACGCACACACACAAACACACACACACACAAAACCAAAUAGCUUAAAAGUAUAUAAAAUCUAACCAUCUACAUGAUGGAAUAGGCUAUGAUAAUAGACUGCCUCACAUCUAAUCAUCUUCACACUUGCAUCACACAUCAUGCGUUGCAUGACUUAGUCAAAAUGAACACUUUGUAUUACCCUUCCUUUGUCAUACCAUAUAGAAGCAUUGACUCUGUCUUGUGGUUCAGCAUCCUAUUCUCAUCCUAACCUAACCUCAGAGCAACGCCAUGCCAUUAAAUGUGAGCCAUAAAAAAAAAAAGUUGUAAUGUUGGUUUAUCUCUUGUGACUCUGUUUGAUACCUGAAGCUGUGAAUUAUAUUAUGCAUUGUACUGGAGUGAUCAAAUCGCAUGGACCUCAUCACGGACCUUUCUCAACGGGGCCUCAACUCCCAUUGGUUGUAAUCAGGGGGAUGUGACACUUGUUCCUCUUUCUGGAUGUUGGUUUGAGUCAGAACAUUUAAAUGGAUCCACACACACACACAACCACUACUUUUCGGAUUUUGUGUCUCCAAGGGUUCAGCCGUUUAAGCUGCACUCACUUUAGCGUGUUCUUAUCCAAACUGCCAAGAUGAUUUAACACAUAAGUUGUCAGGCUUUGAUACGUACCUACUGUUAUUGGAAUACUUUAACUUCUGAAUAUUUUCAGGUUGACCAUUGGGGUUAUGGUUUAAAAUGCCUUUCUGACUAGAUUAUCAUUUUCGAGAUGGUUUGUACCAAAGGCUACGGAGCCCUUCAAGUCAUAGUUCAAAACCAGAACUUUUGUUUUCUUGAAAACCAGCAUUUGUUAUCUGUAUAUUUUUUAGCCAACACACAAUCUAGAAUGUGAAAGCUUGACAUAUCAAAGGCUUGCCUUCCAAUCUAAUUUUGGACAAUGUGGUUUCUGCAAGUGACUCUUGGGCGAGCAAGGAAGUACAAACCACAAGCUCAAACUGUGAUUUUUUCUAUUCUGUUUACUCAAGGAACUCUGUCUGCACGGUUCUUAAAUUUGACAUUCUCUCACCAUGGUCAGAUUCAACUGACUCCACUUUAUCCAAUGUCAGGGAUUUUACUUGCAUGUAUAUAAAGCAUGUAUGUAUGUAUAUAUGUCUACGUACAGAUGUCAAAUAUAUAUUGUCCACCAUGCUGAUGAGCCUCAAAGACGUGCUGAGGGAGGGUGGGGGCUGGGAAUCGGAAAAUGCUUUAAUUUUGUAUCUAUUUUUCUGUAACUUAGUAUGCAUUUCCAAUGCAAAACAUCCUUCUAAAAGUGUGUCCUCUCUUGAAUGCCAUACUAAUGGUCACUCAUUUUAUUUAAGGCCUGGUUGACCAUAACAUGGCCUAGCAUAAGAUUCGAGAUCACCGUGACCCUGUAAACUAAAAAUAGUUUGUUAAAGAGUAUAUAUGGGAACCAACCAAUUCCCAACCUGUUUAUAAGCUACUUUUCUUGUUAAAAAAUCCUAUUUGUUAGCAGUUUACAAGUGAAACGUCAAAUAACCUUCUUCAUUUAAAACUUGCCUACAUUAUCCUGACAUUGGGAUUCUGUUCUAUCUGGAAGAAGCCUAGAAAAUACCCUUCCUAAAUACCACCUGAAAAGGUCCCCUAAGAUUGCAUUUAGUUAAAUGGGCUUAUGAUGCACAUAGUCUGGUAAACAUUAUGCUUUCUCUGGUACAGUAUAAUAAAUCCUAAAUGGACUGUACUACACACCCAGGCUAAUCCUCUGCAUGCAUUAUGAAUGAGUUUCGCGCUGGAAUCUCAGCAAUGCAGAGUAGAGGAUUAAAUAAACUAUGGUAAGCUGCGGUAUGGCAAAAUCAAUAUACAUUGAUUAUUGUUUGUUCUCUGAAACGGCAAAAUGUAUACCCUGCAGUGAAUUAUAAGACUGCAAGAGGUGCGUUCAUACAUACACAAGUGCACUAAUAUUAGAAGGAUGUUUUGGUGGUCUUUAGUAUGUAAUGUUCCAAAAUAAAGUUGAAUGUGAUGUUGUAUUGUACAUACGUGUUUCUCUAUGAAAUAAUAUAUCUAUACAUAUUGGUUUUAUAAUAUUCUUGUCAAAUUCUAAUUAUUAUUUAAAUUCUAUUAAGCCUUUUUGUCAGUGAAGAUUCUUAUGCACUGUGAACACAUGAUGACAUAGUAAAGAGUAUAAACUAAAUGUAUACUGUCAUGUAUUUUCUUGAAAAAGAAGAAAGACACAAGGGGGGACUGGUCCUAUCUGGAAGAAGACUAAUCUUACAAAUCUGAAAGAUAAGUCUGGUAUAAGUUAAAUGCAAAUAAAUAAAAACAACC